CAGGGCACAUAUUGACAUCACACUACAGUAACUGACACUGGGACUAAUUCACUCCACAGUCCUACUUUUGAACACAUGGACGUGUCAAACAGAAGAAUCGCCAUCUUGGGAAAAACUGGAGCUGGGAAAAGCAGCCUGGCUAACACCAUAUUUGGAGAGAAUGUGUUCAAGCCCAGCCAGAGUAUCAACUCUGAAAGAAAAAAAUGUCAAUCAGAAAACAGAUCUGUCAAUGAGAGAAGCAUCACUUUAAUCGACACUCCUGGUUUCUUUGACACAGAUAGAUCUGAGGAGGAGCUGAAGCCUGAGAUAGUGAGGUGUAUUAUAGAGUGCGCUCCUGGGCCUCAUGCUUUUCUCAUUGUGCUUAAAGUGGAGAAAUUCACAGAGCACGAGCAGGCUGUCAUCAUCAAAAUGCGCCGAUGCUUUUCUGAAGAAUUCUUCAAAUAUGCAGCAGUUCUUUUCACUCAUGGUGACCAGCUCAAUGAAGGACAGACAAUUCAGGAUUUGGUCCACACGAAUAAGCAAGUGAGUGAUCUGGUGGAGAAGUGUGGUGACAGGUGCCAUGUCAUUGAUAAUAAAUACUGGAACCAAAAGCACGAAUACAGGAGCAACCAGUUCCAGGUGGAGGAGCUACUUAAGUCCAUAGACAAGAUGGUGAUGGAAAACAAUGGAAGCUGCUACACCAAUGAGAUGUUAAAAGAAGCAGAGAAGGCAAUACAGGAAGAGGAGGAGCGCAUUAGACAGUCAUCAGGAAACCCUUCAGCGAUAGAGGUCAGAGUGCAGGCUAAGGUCAUUGCAUUUAAGAAGCUCUUGAUCAAAUGGGCUGGUAUUGCAAAAGACAAAUUGUUAAGACGUUUUUUUGGUGUCCUGAGUGUAGUGAGACGUGGCAGAGGAUAUCAUAAACUUGACUGAGUAGAGACAGGAAACAGUCUGUCUGAGUCACUAACUCUCACAGCCAAAGUUAAAACCUACAAUGACUCUUGGAGAAGGGGGACAGAAUUUGUCAUUAAUAAGUCAUAUUGCAUGAAAUCUUGAUUUAAACAUUUAACCAUUGAACUGAUCAUGUUUAUUCAUAUGUAAUAGGUUGUGCUUCAAUCUUUAGUCACUUAUUCCUGUUUCACAAGCUAACCACUGAGUUGUCUGUUGAUUAGUGCAUUUUUAACAACAUUCUCAAAAAUUGUUUUAAUUAAAAAGUGUAAACUGUUUCCUAAUGUAAAAACUAAGCAGAAAAUAUAAUUUAAUGUAUGUACAUCUAUCAAAUCGAAUAGCUGGUUUUUUUUGUGUAUUACAAUGUAUCACCAAGGCAAAUAUGAACAAUGAAUAAAUUGAAAUCUAUG